CGCCACCCGGGGGGUGCCGCGGCGCCAGUGGUCGACGAGGACGCGGCGGCCACCUGACCUUGCCAGCGGUGUGAGUGGUGAACCCAGGAGCCGAGCCAGUAGUGGGCAGCAUCUCCGCCCGCACACACGCACGCGCGGCGCAUCUCCUCAACACUGAGCACGUCAUAAGCACCAGUGCAGCCUGAUGUUCUGCACCUCAGCACUUUCAUGCAGCCCAUGACUCUCCGUAGUAGCGGUGGGGACAACAGCAACGACGCAGCACAUUAGUGAGCAUUAUUAGCACCGUCAGCAGUACCACAAACACCUACAUCAGUAAUAAUAGCUGAAGCAGCAGAGACGGCACCGUAAGAGACGAGUGUAGGAUGCAGGGGAGACCGUGCUGGCGAGCUGGCGCCAUGGGCGUCUGGCUGCUGGUGCUGCUGCUGCUGAACCUGCGUAAGGCAGAGGGCGUAAGGAGCAUGGUGAGAGGAAGCCAUGCCCGCGAUCUCUCCCUCGGCAGCAACACCUUCCAGAAUCUGCAGACUCUGUGGGAAAAAGACAGCCAGGAGGAGGAGCGCCCCCACGUGCUCGAUCCUCGCAAGACCUGGGAUUUCUUCCUUCGCAACUCUGAGGCACAUAGGGUCAGAUCACGGAAGAAUCGCAUGAGAAACCGCAAGAAUCGCAUUCCCAUGCCAAAGGAAGGCCCUCCCGGACCCCCAGGUCGCCGAGGACCCGUGGGGCCCCCAGGAGCCCCGGGGGGUCCCCUCACCACGCAGGAGAUGGAAGAGUACAUCAAGGAUUUUUUGAGAGACUACUUGAGUCAAAACAACACUCUGCCAAACGCAACGAGUCUGGAGUCAGGCGAGAACCAGAGAUCGACCCGGGCUGGUCGGGGUCGCGUAAAGGCUGCCUUCACCGCCAUCCUGCCGCGCCCCCUCGUCCUCAACCCCUCUGGACUCUCAAUCGUCGACUCAUUCACCAUUACGUUCUCCCCGGGGGUGUUCGAGCGGCGGAUGAUCCUGCAGCACGGCGGGUUCUCGGCGAUCAAGCGCGGCAUCUACCAGGUGGCCGCCUCCCUGGUGCUGCACCCCUACGGCCGCCCCAACAGUCCACCGCUCGAGCCGCCGCAAGACAUUAGCGUCUAUCUCUGCAUUACCACAUGUGCCAGAGACAGGCGCCGGCUGGAGUGGUCGGGAGGCAUGGGCGAGGGGUCGGUCACGGCGGUGCUGGUGGGCCACGUCAUGCUAAUGAGAGGUGACACACUCCUUGUCGCCGUCGACAAUCCCACAAAGCGACCUCUGCAGGUGAGAACAGGAUCAAGCUUCUCGGCCGCGCUCAUCGGAACCUAAACACCUGUACCAGGAAGUUUUGCGCCGAGUUCCGCACCCAGAGGGCAACGAACUGGGUGCGUCAGAUGAAGUGUUCCUUGAGUGAACAAGUGAAAACAAAAACCAAGAUAAUGCUAGUGAGGUGUGUUACAGAAAGUGUUUCUAUCAGCGGCAGCAUGUGAUGUAAAGACAUGGACCACACUGGGUAUGUGAAAAGAGGCGCGGCAGAUUGCCAUGUCUUGAGAAGCUCACACGCUGCGGGUGUGUGAGCUGCAAGUGACUACAAGACGGCCGCGUGCUGAUGUGGCGCCCUUGAAGAAAAAAGACUGACGCUAUUAUACGUACUGAGGACCUUUAGAGGCCGCAUGCCAUAUCUGGCAGUUAUAAUUAAAACGUGGUUUAAAAGCUUUACGUAGAUGACAUGGAAUUAAACAAAACAAAAAAAUAUGUAUUUAUUUUGACGUGUGUUUGUGAGUAGCCCAGCAGUUGUCCCUGAGUGGGAUGAGUUUUUUGUGUGUUAGUGACAGUUUGGGUUAUUGUAACAUUCACGCUCGGAUAAAUCUCUCUCUCUCUCUCUCUCUCUCUCUCUCUCUCUCUCUCUUUGCGUGGUUGUGAGACUUGCCCUGCAGCCCCUGACUGUCUCCCUCUCCCUCUCCAUCUCCCAGUCCCAGGAUCUGCGCGCGGGUCACAGCCUCAUGAUCUUUAGGGAGCGUGAAGGGCGUGAAUUUCUGCACAGAAGGCUAUUGUUAGCUCAGUGUUAGAGAAUGUUUUGUUGAAUGAGGCUCUAGGUAUUUGUUUUUGUCGUCAUGUGACACUCUCUCUCUCUCUCUCUCUCUCUCUCUCUCUCUCUCUCUCUCUCUCUCUCUCUCUCUCUUUAUUUCUUUAUGCAGUAUUUAUGGUGCUUUCGUCCCUGCGCCCUGUACAAAGCUGCUUACAGUAUACCCUGUCAGAGGAUGUUCAUUAGUUAUACUCGCGUAAAUCAAGACCAUGGAUUAGGACGAACGAUGCUCCUCGACAGACGCACUUCUUUUAGGUGUUUCACGUACAUUCCAGAGACGUAGGCAGUAUGCUGGAACAUUGUACUCAAACCCUGUCUCUAUAAUCCUUGAUCCUUCCCAUUUUCCUCUUCCUCCUCCUAUAAUGUACGUAUUUUAGCACGUUCAUGUAAAUAUUUGAAAGCGUUGAUCCCUGUGACAGUAUCUUCCUUCCCUGUACGUGUUCUUCAUUCAAUAGUCGUGAAGUUGUCUAUAUAAUAAAUGCGAAGUACAAUAGUUAUUAUUUGUGCCAA